UUGAACUUAACCGGAAGUUGACUGAACUCAUUUGCAUACUGUCCUUUUUUUGAUGUAAAAUCUUUUACUCUGAAAUAACAUGGUAUUUUGAGUUGUUUAUUUAGUGGCUUUGUGCUUAAAGAUGUAAGGGAAUGGCUAGUAACGGAUCAAGAAGAAAUGGAUCAUCUACAAUGAAGAUACGUUUGACAGUUCUGUGUGCCAAGAAUCUAUGCAAGAGAGACUUCUUUCGCCUGCCUGACCCGUUUGCUAAGAUCAGUGUGGACGGUUCCGGGCAGUGUCACUCCACAGAGAUAUGUAAAAACACUCUCGAUCCAAAAUGGAACCAGCACUUCGAUCUGUACAUUGGACAGUUGGACUCUGUGACAAUAAGUAUAUGGAACCACAAGAAGAUUCACAAGAAGCAGGGUGCAGGCUUUCUGGGGUGUGUGCGCAUCAUGUCCAACACAAUCACCCAGCUCAAAGACACUGGCUUCCAGCGGCUGGAUCUGCAGAGGAACAAUGCAGAUGACACUGAGCCGGUGCGGGGUCAGAUCGUGAUCAGUCUGAUCUCCCGGGACAGGGGCAACUCCGGUACGAGCCCAGUUGUCACCACCUCCUCACAGAUCACCAACAGCUCACCACCAAGUGAACCUGAUGAGCUGCCUGAAGGGUGGGAGGAGCGUAGAACUGCCAGUGGGCGUGUCCAUUAUGUCAAUCAUAUCACUCGCACCACACAAUGGGAACCCCCCACCAGGCCCACUGACACGUCGGUGCACAUCUCCACAGUGCAGACCACCCCCACCCACAGCUCUGCUGGCAGUGAGCGUCGGUCGGCAUCAGCAACACGCCAGUCCGGUGGCAGCGUCGCCCAAAGACACCGGGACCGUGCAAACUCUAGUAACCAUAGACACAGCACAUCCUCGUUAAAUCCUCCACGAAUGCAAAGUGCGCGAUCUAGCAAUGUGACUAGCAAUAAUAAUAGCAAUAGUGAGGAUAAUAGUCAGUCUGAGGGAGAGUUUCCGAGGAGACGGUCUACUCGAAGACGCAAUUAUCUUAACAGAAAUCAGUUACAUAAUGCUGUGGAUUUACCACAAGGUUAUGAACAGCGAACUACACAGCAGGGUCAGGUGUAUUUUCUGCACACCCAGACCGGAGUGUCGACUUGGCACGACCCACGGGUUCCCAGAGACAUAAAUAAUCUAGAGCAGCUAGAGCGAGAGUUAGGUCCCCUGCCGCCUGGCUGGGAGGCCAGACACACAGGCAACGGGCGCGUCUACUUUGUGGAUCACAACAACCGUACCACUCAGUUUACCGAUCCACGCCUCACUUCCAACAUUGAGCUCUUACAGAACAGAAUUAAAAACAGCAGUGAUAAAGAGAAUGACAAUCCAGUGCCAAAGUAUAAGCGUGAUCUUGUACACAAGAUGAAGAUCUUGAAGCAGGAAUUCACCAGUCUACAACCUCAGGGCGGACACUGUCGGCUAGAAGUGUCCAGAGAAGAAAUAUUUGAGGACUCUUAUCGGCAAGUGAUGAAAAUGCGAGCCAAAGAUUUACGCAAACGUCUCAUGGUGAAGUUCAAGGGUGAGGAAGGCCUGGACUAUGGUGGAGUGGCCAGAGAAUGGUUCUGUCUGUUGUCCCAUGAAAUGUUAAAUCCAUACUACGGUCUCUUUCAAUAUGCCCGGGAUGACAUCUACACACUUCAAAUUAACCCAGACUCUGGAGUCAACCCUGAGCACCUGUCGUACUUCCAUUUCGUGGGUCGUAUCCUGGGCAUGGCGAUAUUCCAUGGCCACUACCUGGACGGAGGGUUUACGAUGCCGCUGUACAAGCAGUUGCUAGGGAAACCAGUGAUCCUGGAGGACCUGGAGAGUGUCGACCCAGACCUGCACAGGAGCCUCGUGUGGAUGCUUGAGAACAACAUAGAGGGUAUACUGGACCACACGUUCUGCGUGGAGAGUCACUCAUUCGGCCAGCACCAGGAACAUGAGCUGAAACCGGGCGGGCGAGAGGUCAAGGUCACGGAGGACAACAAAAAGGAAUACGUCAAACUGUAUGUUCAGUGGGUGUUCAUGAGAGGUAUAGAGGCACAGUUCUUAGCUCUGCAGAAAGGCUUUCAUGAAAUCAUUCCACAACACUUGCUACGGCCAUUUGAUGAAAGAGAAUUGGAGUUGAUGAUUGGAGGCCUGGGCAAGAUUGACCUUAACGACUGGAAAAUGCACACUCGAUUAAAACACUGCACGGCAGACACAAACAUCGUCAAGUGGUUCUGGAAAGCCACAGAGAGCUAUGACAACGAGAUGAGGGCACGUCUGCUGCAGUUUGUCACUGGCAGCUCACGGGUACCCCUGCAGGGAUUUAAAGCAUUACAGGGUUCAACGGGCGCUGCUGGUCCACGACUGUUCACCAUUCAUCUUGUUGAAAUCAGCACCGACAACCUGCCAAAAGCACACACCUGUUUCAACAGAAUUGAUAUACCACCGUACGAGACUUACGAAAAACUGUAUUCCAAACUGACUUGUGCUGUUGAGGAGACAUGUGGGUUUGCAGUGGAAUGAUUGGAGAAUUGUGAUGCAUUCUGGGACACAUCAAGACUCAGCAGUUAUCCGUCACGUCACUUCCUGUUUGAGAAUCAUGGUUUAUGUUUUAUUAGUGCUCAUUAAAAAAGCCAGUGCACAUAAUGAAAACAAAGUUUACUCAAUCAAUCAGUAUGUUAACAGCGCAUUAUAAAAUCUUCAGGACUAUUAAUUGAAUGGCUAUUACCUAUUGGCAUUUGUUAUAAAUGGAUACACAUACACUUAAUUUAAAUAUGCACUCAUUUGAAAAGGUGUUAUAUAGUUCCUCUUGGUAAAUUCCCUAAAUAUACAGAUAACAUACUUCUGACAACAUGUCUUACUUCAUUCCUUUAAUUUAUCUCAUUUGUUCAUGCAAAGGAUCAUAACCUUACCUUACCCUAUGUAUUCAGAGAACUGUGUAAACAAAUCUUCAGUAAACAUUUAAGAUCAGUAUUUUUUAGGUAAAAUCUCAUGAGUUUUGUUGUCAAUAGGGGGCACUAUGCCUUAUUUUCCUUGGUCCAUCCCUUACAUUGGUCUGGGAGUGUUAUUUGUCCGCUUCAAAUAACCGUCUAGAAAUGCACAAAAGAUGAUGUAUUACAAUUGUUAGGAGAUUUAAUUUAUUUUCUGUUUUUUAUAUUAAUGAUUAUUACGACAAGCAUGAGUUUUCUGGUUGUCAAUGAAAAGCAGGUAAUGUUUACUCUUUACUGGAUAUGUGAUUAUUGUCAAUCUGCAAUCUACACUUAAUUGUAUGUGUAUUUUUAAGAUUAAUUUGUAGGAUUAAGAAAUGUAAUGAGUCAAUGAUUUGUGGAAAGUGUAUUCUAAUAAUUCAGUAGCAAAUCAAUAAAGGAUAAUAAUUUCAAUCCCGAAACUAUUUAUAGAACAAGCACAUGCUUAGCAAAUCUUGGCAACCAAUCAUGAGGCUGGACCAAUGGGAAAAAAUGUCAAUGGCAAAGAUAAUAAAUUAAGCUUAAUCCAGCAGAAGUUAAACGAUUUCAGAUUUAAAUACUGUUUUUUUCUUUUUUUUUCCAAGAAAACACAUGUAUUAGAAAAUCUGUGCUUUGCACAUUUUUUUUCUAAUUAUUAAUUGAUUAAUAUUCAAUAAGAGAGCUAAAAUGAUGGUAUACAUGUUAAUACUUUGUAAAGAACAUUUUUACUAUGUACAAAUGUAAACAAUUUUUGUCCAGAAGUCCAGAAAUGUCAUCCAAGUUAUCCAAUUCAAUUUGUUCAAACAGGCACAUAAUUCAUACUCAAAUUGAAACCCUGUUCUAAAAACUGAACAAUUACACUUAAGAUUUAGUGUUUAGUUUAAAAAGAUGUGAUAUUUACCAUAACAGUCAAUAUAGAGUGACAAGCAUGGUGCUUUAUUAUUUGUCUUUGAGAGAUUGUAUUUUUUAUGAAAUAUUGGAUAUUACCAGCAUUUUCAGGGGAAAAAAACUAGUGAGAUUGAUUUCAUAGUUCAUAGUUUUGUAUUAAUACAAAUCACUUUGUUUAAAUUGUAGUGAAAAUGUUUUAUUUAUUUAUUGUGAAAUGUGACCAGAUUUUGUUUGUAAAUAGUUUAGCAUAAGUUUGAGUAUAUGUAUUGACUGAUUUGUACAUAAUUUAUUUGAUGAAUGAAGAGUAAAUAUUUUUGUAUGAUGUAUAUGCCUGCAUCAAGUGCACUUACUGACAGACCUAGAGUCUUUCACAUUUUUGACACAUAUGAGAGACAUGUUUGGUUUGGUUUGGCAAAAAAUCAAAUUGAUCCUAUUUCACUGUCUGUACCAUUUGUGUGUGUAUUUGUAUUUGUCUUUCACAUUUAAUUAAGUAUCCAUUGAUUAACAUUUGACCAAAAUGCCAGUAGAUUGAAUGUGAAAUUGUGCCUGUAGUUGAACAUGUGUUAUUAUUCUCUCCUUUUGUAAUAUUUUAUAUAUAAUCCCUACACCAUCUAAGUCAUUGUGUCAUUACACUGGAUCAUGACAUCUUUAAGCAUAUUUUCAUCAUACAAAGCAAGGAAUUAUGCACUUAGGUAUCGUACAAAAUUUACAUUUUGGCGUUUAAUUGCCUAAUAGUAUUUCUCAGUCUACGCUUGUAUAACUCUCAAACUGGGUGUUUCAUACCAUUUUGUAUUUCAUAACUUGACCAAUGAAAUUGAAUAUUGCAGGCCAAUAAAAUAUUCAUUUUGCCAUAACUCAACUUUACUCAGUGUCUCAUUAAUUGUGUGUUUAUAUGUCAAUUACUGGUUGGUUUGCCUGAAAUACAUGUUCUGUAGAGGACAACCACAUGUUUAUGCAUUUAGGACUUUAACUCGUGUCCAUUGUGUACUGUGUAUGUAUUUUAAUGUUAAAUAUUCUGUGAUUGUAAAUAGACCAUAUCAUUGUAUAUACAUCAUUAUAUCACACACUGUCUGUUGCCAGAUGAUGGGACUUACAUCCACCUAGUGCUUUGGCAGGUGUCCAUACUGGAAUGUGCUAGGCAAUUUUUGUUGGAACAUAUUCACAGACUCAUAAAAGUUUCUGAAGACUGUCACAAAGGGAAUUUAUCUUAAGAAAUUUAACUUUCACUUGCUGGAUCCUAUAAGUCAUGCACUGUUUUAAUGUUUUCAAUAAGAUCACUGUUUUGAUCCAACAUAUUAUUUUCAAUAUAUGGAUAAUUCUAGUGCAUUAUUUAUGUCUUCAUACUUUCAAUGAUGUUGCAUUCUGUGAAUAUGUUCCUUCAUAGAAUCUUACCGUGUUUAAGUGACAAACCUGCAAGAAUUUAAGCCAUCAUGCAUUUCAUAUUUCACAGUUUUUAACUCUUAAAAAUUAAGUUUGUGUUUUUAUGACACUGAUAAGUUUUAUACAGGUUUUAUUACUUUAGUUGUUCAUUUGUCACAAUCCCAUUCUGUGUUUUUACCAGCACAUUUCACAGUGUACAUUUUAAACCAAUAGUUAAUUUGAUUGGGAUUCUUGAACUGUAAACUCAGAUACAUUUUCACCUUACAAACAUUACAACUCGUUUUAUCUUCCUUAACUUAUACUAAGUAAAUGUUCUUGUGAAUUUGAUGGUACAUUAUAUCAUGCCAAGCAAGACAAAGUAUACUAGACAAUGGCUAUGCACCUGGUAUUGAAAAGCCUUUUUGAAAAAGCAAAUAUUUUUAAAUACAAUUUUAAAAGCAGCACAAGUAUUCUGACUAAAUGGUAACAGAUUGCAAAAGUAUUCUUAAUAACAAAAAUACAGCUGCCCAUGAACAACAUCCUACAAAAUUUCAUUUGCACUAGAACACCUCACAUUUGUGGUUUAGCAAAAAUGAAGUGUUUGUGAUUAAUAUAUGUGUAUAUGUGUAUUAAUUUAAUUAUAAACUAUUAGAGAUUGCAAACAGUUAUUAAUAAAUGUGAACAUGUCUAA